UCCGGAUAGCGGAGGCAAGAGCUGCGGAGGAAUUUGCGAGUGAGUGUGUGUGAGCCGGACUUUCGAUCAUCCGGCGGGCCCUUCCCCCUUGACCGUGAGUUCUUCGACCCAUGAGAGAGGGCCCACGACUUCCAAAAGGGACGGAAAACUUUUCCCCACCUGAAAACAGGGAUCGGAGGGUGGGCGGGUUCGGAUCGAAAAAAUAACCAUUUCCCAGGCUGGAAGAGUCGAACCCGCAACUGGACCAGAACAUGCUACGAACGGGGACAACUCAUCUCACCGAGGCAGUGCAAGCAUCAUCAUCCUAGGGGACUUGCAGAAAAAACAAUCACGACCACCACAGGCUUUACUUCCUCUCGGACAUCUCUACUUAGUAACACAACGAAGUUCACACGAUGGAGAUACUAAUUAUUGCUAAUAUCAUCUUCUCUUUUUCUAGAUAUUUUAGGUUUCUUUCUUUUUGAUAUUUAAUCGUCUUAAUCUUAUUCGACUGUGUGUGUGUGUCUCAGUAGGAGUUUUUGGACAUUGCAUUUCGUGCCGUCAGUUCUUAGAUUGAUUCAAUCUUUUUGGUCGUAAUGGAUACUAAAGUGUAUAGGAAGUAUUACCAUUGCAGUAAUUUUAUCACCCAUUUUUUCUUCUUGCCAUAUCAUGCUGAUAAGAACGUUUGACUGGUGCCUGUCUAAUCUAUCCCACUAAAAAGGGAAAAAAAAAGUUCUGGAGAAGACUGAUUUUUUUUCUUAAUGACCGGCACUUUUAAACGAAUAGAAAUUCUGAAAUCGCACCACCGGCUUACAUUCAACUCGCUUCCCUUUUCAGAAAACGAAAUAAUUUGAGGAUUCCAGCGAGGAAGAAGAAGGUUCUUAGCAGCAAGCAGUACCUGUAUGAAGCUUUGCUUGGGUCUCUGAAGCUGUUUUACGAAGAAGGCUGUUCUCAAUCUCUCGCUUUUUCCGCGUCGUAAAUUGUUGUUCGUUAAAUUUUGCAGCAAUUUAACCACGCUUUAAAAAUCUUGUUUGUUUUUUUAAACAUAUUUUAUCUUAGGAUACAUUUUUCUCUGGAAAUAGCUAAAGUAGCCUCACAAUGAUACUUUGGCUUUUUCUUACUGUCGUUCUGUUCUUAGUGAUAUGAAAUGUGCUUCUAGGAAUAACUUUCUGACUUUAUAGGAUUCAGCAAAAAAAGAAAAUAAUUAAAUAAAUAAAUAUUGAAACUUGGAUUAGAAACAAAAUAACACAAAGAAGGAAGACAUGCUUGGGCACUUUUCCUUCUUUCUGACGACCUUGCUGUCAUGCAGGGCGUACUAAUUAAUGAUUAACACCACACAUGCAGCUUAUCCGCACUCGCAGCUAAACAGCAGCGAUCAAUUUGUUCCUUGCCCGUCAGGUCGGAGAAUGGGACUGUAACAACUUGUAGGUCAUUUCGACGGUUAUGAUCACAAUCCCUUGUUGAGAAAGAAAAAAACAAAAACAAAUUCAAUUUCGGCAAUCUCGAGCAAAAUUUCCAAAUUCAGCAGUGAAUUCACCUCCAGCAUGUAAACUGUAUUUUCUUCAAUUAACAUAGAGGACACACUUGAGUCAGUUUCCUAAUAACCCCAGCGGAGAUUUUUCCAUACGCCACAGCAGAACAACCCUUUAUUUGAAUUCUUGGUGAAGAUGCUCAUUUUAAGAGACUGUUGAUCUGGAUCGCCAUCGAAUGUGAAGAUGGAGAAAAGCGCAAUCCGUGCUCAGCUCUUCUUCUCUCUCAUCAUUCUGUGUCUUCCAUUAAAAUCGGAGCAGGGUCCACAUGAGAAAAGACUCCUUAACAAACUUCUCAACGAUUACAACGUCCUUGAAAGACCCGUCGCCAACGAAUCAGAACCCCUCCUGCUCAGCUUCGGCCUCACCCUUCAACAAAUCAUAGACGUGGAUGAAAAGAAUCAAAUUGUAGUGUCAAACAUUUGGUUAAAUCUGGAGUGGGUGGACGUGAAUCUCAGGUGGAACGCCUCAGAGUUCGGAGGCAUACAAGACCUUAGAAUACCUCCGCACAAAAUUUGGAAACCAGACGUCCUAAUGUACAAUAGCGCCGACGAAAAGAUCGACAGUACUUUCCCAACGAAUGUCGUAGUGAGGAACAACGGUAGCUGCACAUAUAUCCCGCCCGGAAUCUUCAAGAGUACGUGCAAAAUCGACAUCACAUGGUUCCCCUUCGAUGAUCAGAAGUGUGAGAUGAAAUUCGGGUCCUGGACCUACGACGGGUUCCAGUUGGACCUCAGACUAGCCAACGAAGACGGAGGGGACCUCUCCACGUACAUAACUAAUGGCGAGUGGAUCCUGAUAGGCCUUCCAGGAGUGAGAAACGAGAUUUUUUAUGCGUGUUGUCCGGAGCCUUACGUCGACAUCACCUUUACAAUCCAUAUUCGGAGGCGAACCCUCUAUUAUGGAUUUAAUCUCAUCAUCCCCUGUGUUCUCAUCUCCUCCAUGACCCUUCUAGGCUUCACCCUGCCACCGGACUCGGGAGAAAAACUAACCCUCGGUGUCACGAUUCUUCUGUCCUUGACCGUCUUUCUUCUACAGUUAGCUGAAACGAUGCCACCCACGUCUGACGCAGUCUCAAUCAUAGGAACAUAUUUCGCAUGUAUAAUGAUAAUGGUGGCAUUCUCAGUUGUCAUGACGGUCGUUGUCCUUAACUACCACCACAGAAAUUCGGACACGCACGAAAUGCCUGAAUAUAUCAGAACCAUAUUUCUUCUGUGGCUCCCGUGGAUCUUGAGAAUGCACCGUCCCGCCAAGAUAAGUGCCCGCCUCAAAGCAACAUCUUCAUUUACUACUUCUGGAGGACGGUCUUCGCGGUUGUCAGCCCCCGAUCUCAAAGAACGUUCUUCUAAGAGCCUUCUGGCCAACGUUCUGGACAUAGACGAUGACUUCAGGCUACAGCACGGCCCUAAUAGCAAUGCCGGUGCCUCUUCCGCCAUGUCCGGUGGAGACUCUGCCUGUGGCUAUGUCCAGCUCAUUGGACCUAGUGUGGAGGGGACUCCAACGACAACACUCCACGGAGCUACUGGUGCAGCUGCGGCAAAUCCAACUUCUUGCCUGAGCUCUCAGAGGGAACUGGCGGCAAUAUUACGCGAGGUUCGCUACAUAACCAAGCGGAUGCGCGAUGACGACGCGACCCAGGACAUAAUCUCAGAAUGGAAAUUCGCUGGUAUGGUCGUAGACAGAGUGUGCUUCAUCCUUUUUACAGCCUUCACUGUCAUCUCGACUUGUGUGUGCCUCUUUUCGGCGCCUCAUCUUGUAGCCUGAUGGCAAGGCUACGUAGAAAUGAAUCUAUUUGAACUUCUCUCAAUAUUAAUUGUCUUUGAUAUUUGUAGGGAUUUUUUUCGAUUUCUUUUGUAAUUUUCUUUAAAUAUUGUUUAUAAGAAUAUAUAUUUACAUACGUUAUAUAUAUAUAUAUAUGGACACAGAUACCUUUAUGAGACAGUGAAUAAACAUUUCGCGUUCACUGGACGAAGUAAAGAGUUACUUUGUCGGCAUCAUACUAUUUGUAAAGAAGGGAUCUAUAAUUUUAAUAACUGAAACACAUUUCCCUAAAAUUUAUUUAUUAUUUAAGAUUCUAUGAAUUUUUAUUCUCUAUGAGCUUUUCGUGUAGAAUGCGUGAUCAUAUUAAAUAUGAGCUACGGAACAAAAGCAAGGGAUCUAUAUACAUAGCAUAUAUUCGUAAAAAACUAAUGACACAGUUGACCCUAGAACCUCUUUUCUGCAAGGAUUAAAAUUUAUACAUUUAAAAUGCCCUUUAGACUAUUAGAAAUAAUAUUUUUCAUUCACCAGCAUGAUUGAUAAGCCUUUUAUUCAUAUUAUCGUUUAAAAAUUCAAAGAAAACUUAUUGCUUCAGUUCCAUGGAUUUGAAACUAUUGGUAUUAAAAAGAAAACCUCCUACAUGUAACACAUUUUCAAAUAUGAAUUACAAAAAUACUUUAAGGUAUAUAAAAUUGCAAUAAUACCUGAAUACUUCACCAAGUUAUUUCUUUAUCACCGUAGGAAACCUUGAUUUGGCUUAUUUCAAUUUUUUUAGAGUAAUUUUUUGCCAGAAAGUUUUAUUUAUCAUGGAUGUUAUAGAUAUCAUAUAAACACUGCCACUGUAUAGUUCUAAUCCAAUCAAUGAGUAAGGUUACAAAUGAUAUAAUUAACUGUUGACUGACAUAGAACAUUUGAAUAUUUAUAGAAGCUGUAUUUGAUAUGGAACCUUAAUACAAAUAUAUAAUAAAAAUUAUG